GCAACAUGGCAGCGUCCAGCCGUGCCCAGGUGCUGCGGCUGUACCGCGCCCUGCUGCGGGAGAGCCAGCGCUUCAGCAGCUACAAUUACAGAACAUACGCCAUCAGAAGGAUAAGAGAUGCCUUUAGAGAAAACAAGAACAUAGCAGAUUCUGAAAAAAUAGAAGAACUACUGAAUAAAGCCAAAGCAAACCUAGAAGUUAUUCAACGGCAGGUAUGUUUAUUUCUCUCAUUUUAUAGGAGUUGUCCACUACUCAUUUAACUGUCUUAUGCCACUAGAGAUGGAAAAAAUAGAUCAUUGCUCAAACCAUCUCUAGAUGAACAUCAGUUUUUGUCUGAAUUUGUUUGUCCUUCCAUCAUAGGUUCAGAAGGGCGACUUUGACACUCACUUCAAAUAGUCUCACUUUCUUCUGUGUUCAUUUUUUCCCAUCUCCAGAUACAGUGUUAGAGUAGUAACAGAACUAGAAAAUCCUGAAGUGAAUUAAGUAAAUGUCGGCUAAAUAUGUCCAAACAGGCUGAUAGGUUUUUCUUUGGAAAUGUGAGUCACAGGCAGUAUUUUUCUUCAACCUUGUCUGAGUAGCAUUUACAGCAUCUCCGUUCCUUUCACUAAGUACCAUGUUACUAAGAAAUUAAAGACUUGGUUGAACUUUAGAUACUUUUUAACUUCUCAUUCAUAGCUGCUAUCUAUCAAAAGUGACCACUAAAAAUUGGAAGUAAGCAAGUUUCUGUGCCUGAACUCUCUAUGGGCACUUGCAAUGCUUAAGCUGCUUCUCCUUGCAAAAUCCGUGCUUGCUGACACCAGUCAGAGCUCAGCAGUACUUUCAUUAAACACUGAAUGAAUAUGUGCACCUGCUUCUCCAUGUUUGUUUGUUUGUUUUUUUUUAAUAUAUCUCUUUAAACAAAACCAGCAUGUCAGUUAGAUGGGUUCUUAUUUUAGAAUGGAGCUGGGCCCUUUAAUUUGACAAUUAAGUAUGGAUACUUAGGUACAAGUUAUUUUUUUUUUAUUUUCUUCUGCCAGGAACAGGUGUUGUUUAGUGCUACCAUAGUUUUGCUAUUUUUUUUUAACCCAAACACCGCUAUUUUUUUUAUUUAACUGUUUCUCAAAGAAGCAGUUUGGAUUGGAUUGUUCCAAUGCAAUUACAUUUGAAUGUUGGGGUGUUUUUUCUCAGAUCUGUAGGUGAUAAUUGGCAUUUUCAGCUCUUCUAAUUCUUGCUUAAGAUAAAGUCUUGCUAAAUAAAAACUUUCAAACUUUUUUUCUCAGCAAAACAUGAUUCUACUGAUCUGAGUCCUUAUAGUUCUGGGACAGAUUUUAAAAUAAAACUCUUCUGUCCUCUCUAAGUCCUGUGUAAACCUAUAUGACUUUGUUUCUGUAGACACUAAAAAAAGAUACUGUUUCUCUAAAACAGACUCUUGACAGGCUGGACUUUUGUCUAGUGUAGGGGUCUUGCCUUGCACAUUUUUUGAAGUUUUCUUUUAGCCGAAAAAUUGUCCCUCAGCAUCAGUCAGCAUCUUUCUGUUAUGCAUUUGUUACUGUGUCACUGGGACAUACCAGAGUAAUUCAGAAUGGCCUCAGGUAUUGCUAAGCCUGCAGGGUUUUGCAUGUGUGUUUCAAACAGCAACUGUUUAAGAGGCUUCUCCAACAUGAAAAAUCUAAUUGCUGAAGUUGGUUUUAAACUGGAUCACUAUCAUUACAUGUAAGAAUUUCAGGGAAAAUACACGUGAAAAGCAAGGAAUAUUAAAGAUACUGAUGCAACUUCCCAUUUUUAAGACUGUUAAGACAGUGACACUUACACUGAAAUAUCUCUUUAAUGUUGCACUUCUAGACAUUUUCCAGACAAAGUACAAUCACGAUGCAUUCACUUUUGGAAGGGUUUAUCUUACAUGUUUUCAAGUGUAAUGGAUAAUAAAUGUUAUUAUACAGUAACAUAAUAGGCAAUGGAACUUUUUAACAAAAAUUAAUCAGAAGAAAAUUAUUUUAUCAGGAUAAUUUUUUGAUGUGCAUUCCUGCAAGAGUUGAUUGUUUGGGUAAUAAAGACUUUUUUCCCUGAAAAACUGCAAACUGUUUUGCUUUGCAGAAUUUCUGUUAUGUUUCAGUGUCAUCUGAUUCCCAUCUGUAAAGCAAGAGAUAAAUCUUGUAAAAAUAGCAGUACUGUCUUAAAAGCUUUUCAUCAGGACUAUUAAAAAUCCGAGCAUCUAUGUUCAUAUUAAUAUUUACUUGCCGUCAAAUUUCAUCAUGCUCUGUAGAAAAAGUUCAUUCUGCCUCUCUGUUUAAUCUAAGUAAUGAAGUCAUCUGACAUUAUUAAGACUUUAAAACUAACCAAGCAUAUUAUAAAGUGCUUUUAUUUUUAAAUGCAGAAGCACUGAAACAAACAUGAGAUCUAGCAUUUAGUUUUUUGCUAAGUUUGGGGGUUUAUUAUGAUGUGGUUCAUCUUGGUAUUGCUGACUUUUUUCCAGUGUGUCAGUAGAAAUUAAAUAAUAUCCCUCUUUGCUGACAAUUUGUUGUUACUUUAAAAUCAAAUUUAUAUUCACUUUACAUUCUAAUUUAUGGUUUAGUCAUCAAAGUGAUCACUGAAGUGUAAGGUUCAUAAAUAACUAUUUGAAUCAGCCUAGUGUGAAAUGUGAAGUAGUGACAGAUUACUGUCAUUUUGUUCAUGUCAGUCACUGUACAAUUUGCUUGAGUGUUAUAAAAGUAGCUUUAUAAUGCUGAAAAGCAUGGACCAACAUGAAUCUGCAGCUUAGUCCUCCUCUGGUUAUUAUUCGUUUCAAUUUUAUAAUAGCCCAGCUAAAGGAAGGAAUAACUCAUUUUCAAAAGUGUUGGCAAAGAUUUGUGUGUGUGUAUUUACUGUGUAAACAACAAAAUUUUGUGAUGUCCUUCCCGUAGAGAAAGGUGUUAUGAGAAAUGCAUUGUCACAAAUAAGUGUGAAAUAGAAAGUUUUAAAAAGUUUUGAGGUGAAGUCUUGUUGUUGUUUGAGGAUUGUUUUAACAGCCGUUCCCCAGCUAGCUAAUAUGAUUUCAUUUGUGAGUUUCUAUAACUAUUAGUAAUGUUAAUAUGUUAGUGGUAGGAGAAUUUGCACUGAAAUGUACUGCUGCUGCUGAAAAUUCAAGAUUUAUAAAAGCCACUUUGAAGAUUGGCUAAUAUUGAGUGUUUUGAAGUUUUCUUUAUGCUAUUCUGUCUCUCGAGUUUUGAACUGAAAACAUAACAGUGAAGUUCAAAAGCUAUAGUAGACAUGUGUGCUCUGAUUAAAGCCUUGGUUUUGUUUAUAGGAUGUGUCAUUCUUCCAUAUUUCUUUGUAGUGCUUUCUCCUCUGUUUCCUCAGUUUUAUAUUGUAGCUAGAAACUGCCAGUCAUCUUGUUGUCCAGCUAAGAAGGACUGUUUAUUUUUCAUGGCAGCUCUGAGCCUUUAUUAACAAUUUUACUGGUUUUAACAUCACACAACUACAGUACUCUUCAAUAAAAGGAUUUUAAUAUUUCACGGCUUUUAUUUGUCUCUUUAAAUAAUCCAAACUGAUGAGAAUCCGGUUUGCACAAACCUUAAUCAGGGAGACAAGAGAUGUACCAUUGAAUGCUCAGACAGUUGGGACUUGUGUAUCUGCCUCCUUACAGCUGGCUGGUCAUCUUUGUUUUUUAAGGGAACAGAUAAACUUUUCUUUUGAGUCUGAGUUGUUUUUCCUCAGGCUUGACCUCUCUUACUGUACCCUUCAGAUGUGUCAAAUGAAGGAAUGUGGUGUUGAAGCAUGAAGCCUCAGUUAGAAAGGUUCCACUGAUAAUGAUAAAUACUGAGUACUUGCAGCAUUUUUCAUGUUUGGAGUAUGUUGUAAAGUACAUUUUAAUCCUUGAAAUAUCCAUUGCUUGUAGCAACUUUAGCUCCGUUUCUCUUAAUGAAAUGCUUCAUGACUAUGCCUUGAUAAAAGCCCAUGUCAUACUUAGUGUGAGAUUUUGGUCUCAUAUUCUUAUGUUUCUCCAAAGUCAAAAUUAUUAGCGUGGCCUUGUACUGAAACUUGUGUAAAAUAAGAGCAAUUCUGCUGGAUCUUUUAUUUUUCAGCAAGCUAAGUUGCCAG